CCUCUUGUUAAAUGUUUUAUAAGCUCUCAGUGGUGUAGCAUGUAUGCAGCAUCAUUGUUAAGAUGUCUCUACUGUUUAAAUAUGAAACUGUCGAGGAUCAUUAUAAAAUGAGGAUAAGGACUUAAUUGUUGUCAAUAAAAAACACACUCCUUUUGCAAGGACUUACAAGCACGGCGUGAACAUCAGUGUUUGUCGCGUAUAUUAGUAUCUUCAGAGGAGUGGUAUGUAGGGACUAGAUGUGGUAAAAAAUGGCGUCAUGAGAAUCCUUGGAAUCGAGUGGUUAUGAGUGGACAUUUUCUUUCUGUACUCACUUUGCUGUGCUCGGCUUGUGGAGGUUUAGCCAUGUGUACAAUACAGAGGUAUCCUACUUCUGUUGAGGAAUGGUACAACUGUGUACCGUGUCCACCUCCAAGGAAUUUCUCCUUGUUGUGUUCACAAGACAGCAUCGAUUGUACUGUGUUGAUAAAACUGCUUGAAGUUUGCCUCUCGCAAUAUAACCAGUACUACCAGCAAUGGUUUACCGAUGAAAUCAAGUGCGUAGAAAAACAUACAUGUUUGAACAAACGACCUUCCUGUGGUCUUGAUGAUGAACAAGUUUUUCAAAAUAUUUCGGAUUCCUGUAUAACAACCACCACUACCACUUCCACUACCACGACGAGAGCCACCACAACAACACCGUUUUACACCAGAACCACAACCUACUUCUCCACCACAACCCCUAUGAGAACGACGCAGACGACCAAUGAUCACGUGACAAACGUCACAGAAUCUCUCACAACAUCGUUUAUCGAAAUGAGCAAUGACACGACGUUGACCAUUUCUGUUACAGCCAUUCCACAAGAACCACCGAGCAUGGAGCCUAAAUCUUAUGACUUAUUAUUUAUUAUAAUAGGUGUUGUAGUUACUGUGUUUGCUGUAUUCGCAGCUGUCGUUUUUGCUUUCUGGAAAGUAAAGAAAAUUUACUAUGUUAAUUUUGAAAGCCCUCUUUACCGCCAAACUUCUACUGACUCGCGUUCACCGAUCAUAAGAACAGAAAAGGACUGCAGCAUACUAUGUGUCUUGCUCAAACAUAGGGUGACGUCACAUGACAACGGGUACCUGACGUCAAAAGAAAUUCAAAAGGGAUAUUACAACCAUGUUCCUGGGGUCGAAUCUCAAACUGUCGCCGUGUUUCAAAACAACGAAAUAUUCGAAGAGGAUGAGAGUAUUAAAGCGAACUGUGAUGACGAGCUAUGUGAAGAUAACGUCAUUACAAAUGACGUCGACCGGGAGACACGAAUAUAAUUGGAUGAAACAUUAAUCAAAACAUUCCUGAUAUUAAUACUCAAAAAAUAUUUGUUAGUAUGUAUAUACAGAUUAUUUAUGUAUUUAAUGGAUUUUAUGGUCCAUCUGUAAAUUAAAAAAAAAAUGUUUGGUUGUCCUCUCCCAACCGACUGAUUAAAAAUGGCCCGACUCAAUUUUUUUUUACAUUCCAAGACACAAUAUAUUUUUUUCUUUUAACUGAUCCUCAUAUCCCGUCAACAAAUAUGUUUAAUUUUUCUAGAAAAAAAAAAAGAUUUUUCCGCCUUAGGCCUAGGUACCUACCUACCGAUUAGUAAAUAAUUUUACCCUCAGUCGGGAGAGGACAAGAAAAUCUUAAUUAAAGAUGGCCUCGCUGCUUAUUAUAGUGAAAUAUCAGAUGAGUGCAAUGCUGAUACUUAUUACAAGCAUUGAAUUUUGAAGAGCAAAAUCUACUAAAAUAUACUACGGGUUUACAUGCUUAAAAAUGUUCAGUGUUUAUCUGUACUUUAUACAUUGUAUAUUUAUUCAUUAUUUAGUAAGAAUUUCUUUUUUUUGUGAUUUUUAGGGAGGAGGGGGAGUUAUGUUAAAAGGAAAACGGCAUGACUUCAUUGUUCACAUUGGUCCAACACAGCUAAAUAAUGGCCACGUUACAUUUUUUCUGAGAAGAAACUAAUAAUCAAUCAAUAUAAAUUUAUUUCAAAUACAGAUGUCUAGAAAUAAGAAAACUGUAUUAAGAAACUUUUCAAAAAGGAAAACGCAAUACAUUGUGUAUUGUUCUAAUAACAAAACAUACUUAUUUUAUCAAGAGUUGCGGCGACAGGCGUAUUUCUUUAUCCGAAGGCUCAAUAUAAUGAUAAAUAUUUACGAAUAGUUUUGUAAAUUAAGUAAAUUAAUCAACCGUUGGAAAUGUUUCGACAGAAUGUUGUAAAGAAUUGCACAUCUGACCCAAAGUGUGCUUACAUAAGUAAACUACAGGUAUUAUAGUUUAAAGUUUUGAGAGAGAAAAAAUAUUUAGCUCAAUAGAUUACAUUUUGAGUUGCAUUGUAGUAAAUGUCUGAUUAUUUCAUCUGCAACAGCCUUAAUACUUUUUUUUUAUCUUAACGUCAUUUCCGUAUGUUAUCACAUUUCCAUGUGUAUAUCAAUCUUUUGGUCAUAUCCGUUGUACGACAAAACACUAGAGUAAAGUAGAGCGUAUUUACAAUAAGCCGAUAUAAUAAUGAGGAAGAGGGAAUGUCCUUUAAAACCGAUAGCUAUAGCUGAAGCAACAUCAUACACAACACAGCUGAUUUUUCUUUCUCAAUUUGAAAUAUUCGAAUACACAGGAUUAAGUGGCAUCGGUAUCAUUUCCUCGUAAGCCAGGAAACAUACUUCAAUUCGUAUGUAUGAAGACACAUGAAAAUUCAGUCGCAAUUGGAAAGAUUGAAGUACUCUACGAAAGCUAGCUGACCAACGUCAAUUAAAAGGGAAUAUUUUUUAAAAGAUGGAUUACGUGAAGAGGAAAAUACUUUUUUGGGUUUUUGCUACUAUUUAUGGAUCCAAUUUUGAAAUUGACGUCAUCACUGGAAUCACAUCAUGACGAGAUUGCCAGAGAUUCGGUUUGGAUAUGAAUAGAUUUUUCUGGCCACUGAUCAUUUGGAUGUGUAGGGCUGGCGAAGUUAAAGGCAUGUGUACAAUCAAGAGAUACCCUGCUUCCUUGGAUGAAUGGUACAACUGUGUACCGUGUCCACCGCCUGGGAAAUUUUCUAUGUUGUGUUUACACGAGUGUGUUUCCAAUGAUUGUGAUUUUUUAUCAAACCUUCUUAAAGUCUGUCUUCCACAAUAUAUCAGAGAUUACCAACCUUGGUUUACAGACGACAUCAAGUGUUCCGAAAAACAGGUAUGUCUGGACCAACACCCACUGUGUGAAUCCCUUAAAAGUGAUUUUAAAAUCUUGAACGUCUCUUGUGAACAAACGACGGAAAGUAUGACGACAACGUCACAAUAUUUAACCAUGUCUACAUCAUCAGCGGACCGUAUUAUUACUACACAAUAUCUCACCACGCUUGGAGUUUCCACAACUCAAGUCAAUGUCAGGCAGACGACAAAACGUCACGUGAUUAAUGACGUAAAAAACGUCACGAUAAAUGACGUAAAAUACGUCACAACUUCAUUUACUGUAAGCAAUGACUCCAUUUUAAUUUCUACAAAUACCUCGAAUUCAAUUCCACUUUACCCACUGAAGACCGAAAACCAUUCUUCAAAUCCAGGCAUUGCUGUAGCUGUAGUUUUGCUUAUUUCAUUGGUUUUCUUUGCUUCUGUGAUCUUUGCGAGAAAAGCAAAACAAAAUUAUUCUGUAAGAAUCAGGGCACCUCUUGAGCGCCAGUCGUCCACGAGUUCCCGCGCACCUGUCAUCAGGACGGACGACGGUUAUACCAUACUGUGUUUUACGAUCAAACGUAGAAUAACGGCACGCAAAAAAGGACCUCUUUCACUGAAAGAUACUCCAAGGGGAUAUUAUAGCGCUGUUCAACUGGACGAAACUCAGGAAUUUCAAAAAGAUAAGGUGGAAGAGGAACAGAAAAUAAAUUCUUAUGACGUUAUCUGUUCAGUGGAGGAUGAGAAAGAGAAAAUAAAUUCUUAUGACGUUAUCUGUUCAGUGGAAGAAGAGGAAGAGAAAAUAAAUUCUUAUGACGUUAUCUGUUCAGUGGAGGAUGAGGAAGAGAAAAUAAAUUCUGAUGACGUUAUCUGUUCAGUGGAGGAUGAGGAAGAGAAAAUAAAUUCUGAUGACGUUGUCUGCCAAGUGGAGGAUGACGUCAUCAAAAGUGCCACACAUGAGUCAGAAGUGUAAAUGACAAAAGUUUAAUAAUUUAUGAAAUGAACAUUGAUUUUAUCGCAUAAAUUUUAACGGAGAUCUUUACCGGAUUAAAAUUUUAUAAUAAGAAAUGUAAACCAUGAGGAAUUCUUGCAACUAUGUGGCAGAUCCAAGCCUGUUAUGUUUGAUACAAGUACGAGUAGUGAAAUCACGCUAUCGAAAAACUAAAAAAAAAUAGGUGGCGGUUAUAAGCAAUUAGAUGUUAUAAACAAUAUGUUCAGGAAAUCACAGCUUGUUCGUUUAUCCAAGCACAACUCUUAUGAUGCAAGUAACAUGCAUACAAUUUAAAAACGUUAAGAGUAUAAUAAGGAGAAGUACAAUGUAAAAAAAAAAUCAUUUUUUUAAAAUUAACUAUGAACUGAAUUUGAAUCUUCAGACGAAUUAAUCAAAAUGUGUUUACAGUUCCUGGCUGGAAAAACGGGUAAAAAUAAAGUAAAGUAGUCUUUCAUUGCCAGUUUUAAAAAAUUUUGAUAGUCAUGUACCGAUAUUUCAAACAACUUUUUUUAAAAUUAAUUCCCAGUCUUCAUGAAAAUCCAAAAUCAAAGAUACAUAUAGCGGGUCUUAUUUAUAAAUGUGCUACCAAGCAUCUUUCUUUACCCCACAAAAAUCAACAGCAGGGAAGAAAACUGUAUCAGUACUUUUGAACGUAUUUGAGAAGUUGUUCAGAAACCCUUGACUAGCAAAGAUGCAAAGUUAACAACUGUUCAACACUUUAUAUUUUUGAAUUCUCCACUAUAAGUUAAAGACUACUACUAGUAGACAGAAAAACACUUGUACAUAUGAGACAACUGUUUCUAGUUGCUAAUAUACAAUUCUUUUCAUGGGUCACAUGCAAAUAUAUUGUGAUAAAAUACAACUACUGGAGAUAUUAUAUAGUACUAUUAAAAAGAAGCAUGUGUUUCUCAACAACUACAUCUAUGUAGUUUUUGGAGACUAGGUCUUCCAACAGUCUGUUGGAAUUUCCGAGGCCGCUUAUCGUGCCCCAAUACAAGCAGGACUGUUUUUGUAUUCAGAUGAAUUUGAAUUUGUUAAAAAAAAAACUACUAAAAAAGAAAUCUUGCUGUAGCCUUCUUUUUUACAUUCAAAUAUAAUGACCCCAUUCUGUUGGUCUGUCUGCAUUGAUUCAACUAUCCCACUGAACGUUAACAAAAAAUAUUAAAGACAUCAAAGAGUUUGAUGCUUUUUGCUGUUUUAUAUUUGGGUUUUUUUUUUCCAGAGAAAGCAGUUUAUGGCAAACUGACAUUUUAAAUUUAUAAUUAGAGUAAUGACUUCAAUUUUUUUCUAUUUUCAAGCCUCCUUUUAUAUCAAUCUACUCUUAUCACAUGCAUAUGAAGUUUAUGUCUCCCAGUUUUCUUUAAAAACCUUUAUUAACAAAUCUUACAACUGUUACGUGAUAAAAUGUAUCUAUUUCGGUUGAUUCUAUACGCAAUAGCAUGUUUUUGCGUACGGGUUCUAAAACAAAUCUUAGUAUGGACAAAAAGGUGAUGAUAUUAGAAUACUAGUAACAACAAUCUUGUUUAAAUAGCAUCUUAAUUAAACAAGAAACAAUAUUAUACAGUUGUUGACUGGGAUAGAGAAAAACGGUACAUCUGUUGGACCGAAGUGCAAGAUGUUGCCCAAGUCCGUAGGCCUGCAUCAACAGUAGAUUAUUAUAUCCCUACUAAGCAGUCCCCAUACAAUUUCUUACUUUAAAGAGUCCGUCUGUUUUCCUCGAUUGUCAGUCUAGGAACUUUUAAAAUAGGUCUACGGCCUUGGGCAGUCUACCCCAGUAAACAACUGUAUAUUCAACAGAUUUUUUAAAUAUAUAUCUAUCCCAUCGCAACGAAGUUGGAGGAUACACUGUAUAUUAAUCCAAUUGUGUGUUCGAUUGUUGAUGAGUGAGGAACUGAGCGCUGUACAAAUGAAACUUAAGUGAAGUAAUUUACAUCGGAAUCGA